AGAGAGGGAUGAAUAAUGAAGUGGAACACGACGCAUAGACCCUGGGGAACAAAAACAUUUUCAUUUACCUAGUACAAUGUUAAAAUUAUUUCAUUUUGUUUUUGACUUUGUUCAUUCACUCUUUGUUCACUCUUCUCCAUUUUGACCUUGUGACUCUUUAGGGUGGAAUUUCACAUGAGCUCAAAAGUCAGCUAUAUUUACUUACACAUUGCCUAUACUUUUACGCUCAUGAUUAGUCACUGGAUUAGUCAUUGUCAGAUGAAGCAGUAGUGUCUGACUACAUUGGUUCAUGUUUACUUCCUUCACUGAAAGACCCGUAUCAGGCUUUUUUGUGAGCUUCAAUGGAGUUAAGGCUGCUGCUGACCUUAGUUCUUUCUACGCACAUCACAGGGUUCAGUGCUGAGAUCUCUGUGUUUGUGCAGACAGGAGAUUCUGUUCAACUGGAUAUACAGACACAACAACUACCAGAGUUUGAUCUUUUAGCCUGGACGAAUAAUAAAUCAGAGGCUAUAGUUAGAUACAACAGUGAUUCCAAAAGAGUAAGACCUCACGAUUCCUACAAGGACAGAGUGGUUUUCAAUGAUAAAACCUUCUCUCUGACUCUGAAGAACAUGCAGAAGAAUGACAGUGGACUCUACACAGCAAGAACAACUGGAUUAAUAACCACAGAUUUGGUCUCAUACAGAGUAUCUGUUAUAGAUUCUGUGAAGGCUCCUGUCCUGACUGUGAACUCAAACUGGUCCAGCAGUGACUCCUGUACUGUGAACUUCACAUGCAGAGCUCAUGAGCUCAUGAUUAACUCCAGCUAUCAGAACAACAGAUGCUCUCCACAGGAAGUGACAUCACAUAUCAACACUCUCAUCCUGGACUGCAGCAAGAAAUACAUCAUCUGUAACCAUAGCAACCCUGUCAGCUGGAAACAAGACAGAAUAAACAUUACACAGCUCUGUGAGGAUAAAGAUAAAAACUUGAAGAGUAUCCAUUCACCUACCCUGGGGAAAGCAUUUGGUUCAUUGUGCAUUGUUUUGAUAUUUUUUAUUUUAAUCGUUCUGUACUUCAAGUGUAAAAAAGGUUCUCAGGAGGAGGUAGAAGGUAAUACAGUCUAUGCUCAAGUUGAGGUAAGCUUCAAACUACUGUUCAUCAUUAGCUUGCAGACAUCAUUGAUAUGUUGUCAUGUGGUAUAGUUCUAUGUUAGACAUCAAAAACAUUCAUCUACACAAAUCAGUGGCUCCCC